AGUUCAGUGGCUUGCGUUUACAUCAUGGUGACUGACGUUACGGGAGCGCCUUUGUGUAGAAGUAAAGAACUUCUUCUACUUCAAGUAUGACGGGUUGACACAGUGAUACUAAUAAUUGUAGGGAUCUUUGACAAGCGGUGUUUGUCUGGUUUGGUUGUUUGAAUAGAAAAACAAUGUCUGCCAAUGAAGAUCAAGAGAUGGAGCUGGAAGCUCUUCGUUCUAUAUAUGAAGGGGAUGAGUGUUUCAAGGAACUCAGUCCGACGACUUUCCAGUUUAGAAUAGGAGAUCACGAAGACCCCAAAGCUUUUCUUUUGGACGUUUCAUGGCCGGAGACAUAUCCUGAAACUGCCCCUCAGUUAACCUUACAAGCCUUUUUCAACAAUAGAAUAUCUCCGACCACAAAGCAGGAUAUUAUCUCUAAGCUGGAGGAGCAGGUGGAAGCUAACCUGGGCACAGCCAUGAUGUACACAUUAUUUGAAUGGGCCAAAGAAAACCAAGCAGAUCUGAUGGAGCACCACCAGCCUGUGAAGGAUGCAGCGACUCUUAACCCCAGCAAUGAAACAUCGAGUCCUGUGUGUUCAAACAAGAAGAAGGAGAAGAAAGAGCAGCUGACCAAAGCACAGAAGAGGAAGAUGAUUUCACGUACAGAUAAUAAAGGAGAGCUUCCUCGAGGUUGGAACUGGGUAGAUGUCAUCAAGCAUCUGAGCAAAACGGGAGGAGCCGCAGAGGACUAGACGAAACAGCAGACGAAUGGAAGGAGGCAGAGAUGGGGAAAGAUUGAUGGAUAAGGUGGUGAAGAGGUCUUAAGUGGAUGAUUGGAGGACUGACGCUGUCCGUCUCGCGUUUUCUGGAGAGAGUACAGAGUGCAACGUAACCUCGACACACACGCUUCAGACAGGGUUAUUUGAGGUUCUCCAGAAGAUGGGUCUCUCUUUGCAUUGGGGGACUGUCAGACCACUACACAGAUGUUUAGCUUUUUAAGGUCAUGUGAGCGAGGGGUAGACUGAGAAGUCUGAAGCAGCUUUGCUUUUCCCUCUGCUGUCUGCUCUUGGGUGUUUUUUGCUGUGCAAUUUAGAUAAAGUUGCAGAGUGUGUGAGUGUGUGAGUGUGUGUGUGUGUGUGCGCGUGUGGAGAGAGAGUGUGUGCAUGUGUUUGUGUCUAAAAGUCUAUGAGUUGUAUCUGAGUGUGUUUGUAUCAUUUGUACAAGUUUCCUUUGCAGUAUCAUGACGAUGCCAUACAUACAAAUGUGUUGAUAGUCUAAUCGCACAGGCUGCCAGUCUCCUUAUCCAAUGGUAGAUGCCAUCCCACUCAGAACUCUCACCUACCUCAAAUGUAAAGGUGGAAGAAAAAACACAAGAUGAGUGAGAUAAACAAGGUCAAGAUCCAGACACAGAACUCAAAAGAACAAGACUAGGCCUACACGUUAAUUCUUGUUUUCAUAGAUUUCAGUGAUUGAUAAUAAUUUAAUGACGUCUGUUAUUUUAUUUAAAUUCUGGCUGGUGUGCAAUGAUUAACUAAAUGGAAACGUGCUGGAAACAGAUCUAAAAAAAAAAGGACCUUUCCCUGUAGGCUUUACACUGUAUGUGUGUGAAAGGAACACUUUUUAAAAUAAAAUACUUUAUGAUCUA